GAACAGUCUUGUUUGGACAGACAGCUGAUUAGGUUCAAACAGUGUCACUCUGUGGUCAACGUCAGAAAAUCCAGUGGUCAGUGGUAGGCGGAGAAAGGACCAUUUACCAUUCAGUUGAUUUUUCGCUAAGAAGAGAGUGUUGUGCUGUGACCAGAGGAGAGCUACACCCCAGAGAUGGCAGCCCUUUAAUAAGAUGUUGGAAACAACCCUGAUUGACAGAGAUCAUCACCAUCAAGACUGUCCUGGACUGUUAAAUGUCCUCUCACUAUAAAAGGUGAAGAUGUUUGUGGUCUCCUUGGCAAGAUGUCUACAGAUGUGUCUGUCUUUGGUAAUGGUGUCCAGACUGCAAGGCAGGGUCUCAGCUCCAGCACGUCUGGAGGCUCAAGCUGACAAACCCUUCACUCUGAGCUGUACGCUUGUCAAGGCUAGAGGGGAAUCGGUUCAUCAGAUCCGCUGGCUGGACGUACAGAACCAGACCUUAAUCACUUACCAGCCCGGUCAGCAGGACAGUGUGAGUGGUCAACAGCACGUGGAGCUUGCUGCCUCUGCACGCGAUGCGAGUGCUAUCACCAUCAAGAGAGUCAGCUACAGAGAUGAGGGCUGUUACACCUGCAUCUUUGAGAUUUAUAACAAGGGCUCACGGGAGGGACAGACCUGCCUUACUGUUACAGCAACAGUGAUCUCAGACGGUAAUAUGACUGUUGUGGCUGGUAAAGAAGCAAUCCUGGGUUGUCGGUACGGCCUGCCAGAUAAAGUCAAGCAGGUAUUGUGGAAGAAGAUAGUGAAUAAGGCAGAAUCCCACGAUGUCGCGUUUUUCGCAAAGCAGAGUGACCCUGUAAUUGACGAAGAGUAUGUGGACCGUGCGAGUCUGAGCCCUUCGCUAUCUGACACACAUCUUGCACUGUGGCCGGUCAGAACUGAAGAUGAGGGCUGCUAUACCUGCGAGUUCCACACGUACCCAGAAGGCAUCAAGACCGCUACAGGUUGCCUCACUAUAUAUGUACUGCCCAAACCUCAAGUAAGCUACAAGACCACAUCUCCAGGAGUGAUCGAGGCAAACUGUACCGCUGUUGCUCGGCCACAGGCUGAAAUAGUGUGGAAUGUAGAAGGUAAUAAUAGGACCAUCGGUCCACCUGUGUCCACUGUUAUCCAGCAGAGUGACGGGACCACACUGGUCAUCAGUACAUUGAUAGUACAGGCUGGACUCUUGAAGGAUGUUUCAGUCAAAUGUCUUGUUCACCACAAAGGACUGGAGACUGCCAUUGCUGUUUCUAUGAACACUAAGAUUGGCACAGCACUCGCUAUCCUGAUCUCCGUGACGACUGUCGCUUUUCUCCUGGUUCUUUGCCUCUGUUUCUGUUUGUGGAAGUGUGUCCUACGUAAGGAUGAGCAUGAAGAACACAACUUACCAAGAAGAGGCACAAGAGAACAAGAAGCAGGCAGCUGAAUAUUGACAUGCUUCAGGAUGCACUGAAAAACAUCUCACCUAAACAAAGUGUCCUCAUGUUCUUUGCUUUUCCAACCAAAGACGUCCAGUGACACUUUAAAUAUGAAAACAUGUCACAUUUUAAAUUCAAAAGGUGUAACUAACAUGAAGGUUGCAGAAGGAAUCCAUGUUAGCAUUGUACAUAAUGAUCACAAAGUAAAAUUGUCUUCAAAAUUCAGGUCCUAAUGUGUACAAAAAAUAAACUUUGGAUGGAA